UGUGUGUAUAGUGUGUUCAUGAAAAGGCUGCUGAAUCAGCAUCUCCAAUACCGAGAGACAACAGUGGCAUAGCAGAGACUGGCUCCGGGCCCAGUUACACAAGUGCCCAGCAGAAAGGAUCUUACAGCACGCUGUGUGAUUAGUGUGUUUGUGUUUUCUUUGCAUUAGCACUUUGGACACACCCUUCUGGAGGAUUUUCUUUGUAAACCAGUGACAUUGAAGGGAGGAGGGGCCACCGCCUGCUUUUGCUUUCCCUCCUAGUCAUGUAACACAUUCCCCUUCCAGUAACUAUGGCAACCAGCACUGGUCCAGCCUGUAUCUUGCUGUUAUGAGAAGGGGAGGAAGAGAGAAAGAAAAAGAGAGGAGAGAAAACCCAAAAUAAACACACUCUUCCCAGCAGCUGUCAGAGAUCGCAGUCAGUGAAAAACCAGAGCGAGGAAGACUCUUUUUGCUGACUCAGCUCAAGCCAGUUGAUUAUUUUGGCAUUUAUGCCAGGCUUGGAUUAGAUUAGAUAUUUGACUUUCUAACAACAGCUAUCAAUGGGGGAGAGAGAGGUGGCUUGUUUUUUUGACCUGGGAGCCAGACAUGAAAAGACUGUGGGGUAGAUCUACUCAACUGUGACCGGUUAAACGAAAGUUAAGUGACAUUUACCAGUAAGAAGACCCAAUAGUUUUCCAUUUUGGAGGUCCAGCGUGACUUAUUUAAAACGGAGUUCUCCUUUGCAAGCUGGCAGACAGUGAAAGAUCAUGCUGUGGGCACUGAGUUGGCCUUAAAAGGAGAUGUCUGCAACUUUUGGCUAUAUUGUUUAGGCAGCGGCACUGCAGGGAUUUAUUGCCAACAUUUUUGAUUUUCAAAUUGUGCACCGGCUUUGCCAGAGGUUGUAACGGAAAAGUCACGGAAGUGGAAUUAAAGUGAUCGGUUGACUCCAGGGAAAGCACACAUACUCGUGAAUGUAGAGACGGAGCAAGGCGAAAAUAACCUAUGGCGGAAGUUGAAUCGCAAACAGAGAGACUCUGAGUAAGCUGGACUGUGCCUGUCCCAUAAUCCCCGCUAGUCGGGUCAAGGGACCAUGGGAGAUGGAGGCGUCAAUGCGGUGGGAGAAGGGGUGAAUCAGUCUCACGUGCUCUUUGACCGCUUUGUCCAGGCCACCACCUGCAAAGGCACUCUCAAGGCUUUUCAAGAGCUUUGUGACUUCCUAGAACUCAAGCCCAAUGAAUACCGUGUGUUCUACCACAAACUCAAGUCCAAGCUCAACUACUGGAAAGCCAAAGCUCUCUGGGCCAAGUUAGACAAGCGCGCCAGCCACAAAGAAUACAAAAAAGGAAGGUCCUGUGCCAACACCAAGUGUCUGAUCAUUGGAGCUGGACCAUGUGGUUUACGAACAGCCAUAGAGCUGGGCUUCCUUGGAGCCAAGGUGGUUUUGCUGGAGAAGAGGGAUGCAUUCUCCCGAAACAAUGUGCUCCAUCUUUGGCCUUUCACCAUUCACGAUCUGAGGGGUCUUGGAGCCAAGAAGUUCUACGGCAAGUUUUGUGCUGGAGCCAUCGACCAUAUCAGUAUUCGCCAGUUGCAGCUGAUGCUUUUGAAGGUAGCUCUUCUCCUUGGCAUCGAGAUUCACGUCAACAUGGAGUUCAAAGGCCUCAUUGAGCCACCAGAAGACCAAGAGAAUGAGAGAAUUGGGUGGAGAGCCGAGGUCCACCCCAGAACACAUCCAGUCAAUGAGCUAGAGUUUGAUGUCAUAAUUGGGGCAGAUGGGAGGAGAAAUACACUGUCAGGUUUUAAGAGGAAGGAGUUCAGGGGCAAACUGGCUAUCGCUAUCACAGCUAACUUCAUUAACCGCAACACGACUGCAGAAGCGAAGGUGGAGGAGAUCAGUGGAGUAGCCUUCAUCUUCAACCAGAAGUUUUUCCAGGACCUUAGAGAAGCCACAGGAAUUGACCUGGAAAACAUUGUCUAUUAUAAGGAUGACACACACUACUUUGUAAUGACUGCCAAAAAGCAGAGCCUGCUGGAGAAGGGCGUCAUUCUACAUGACUAUGCUGACACAGAAAUGCUGCUCUCCAGGGCCAAUGUUGACCAGAAGGCUCUGCUGUCCUAUGCCAGAGAAGCAGCAGAUUUCUCUACCAAUCAUCAGCUUCCUAAGCUGGACUUUGCCAUCAACCAUUACGGCCAACCUGAUGUGGCCAUGUUUGACUUCACCUGUAUGUACGCCUCAGAGAACGCAGCGCUCGUCCGCCAGCGCAACGCCCAUAAGCUUCUAGUAGCCCUGGUGGGGGACAGUCUUCUAGAGCCGUUCUGGCCGAUGGGCACUGGAAUAGCAAGAGGUUUCUUGGCAGCCAUGGAUGCAGCGUGGAUGGUGCGGAGUUGGGCUCAUGGAAGCUCCCCUUUGGAAGUGCUGGCUGAACGGGAAAGUAUCUAUCGACUGCUGCCUCAGACGACACCAGAGAAUGUGAGCAAGAACUUUAGUCAGUACAGCGUGAACCCGACGACACGGUACCCCAACAUCAGCCUUCACCAAGUGAGACCCAACCAGGUACGGCAUCUGUUAGACACCGGAGAAACCAGGGAUUUGCGUGUCGACAUGGAGAAUGUGGUCAACUCUUCAUCUCCUAAACUCACAAGAAAUGAAAUUCUGCUUGAGAAGCAAUUGCAAGAAUCCAUCGUGCGCUCCAGUAAGCUGCUGAACUGGUGUCAAAGGCAGACGGAGAGAUACAGAGGUGUCAGCGUGUCUGAUCUCACCACGUGCUGGAAGAGCGGCCUGGCCCUGUGCGCGCUCAUCCACUGUUACAGACCAGACCUCAUUGACUUUGACUCGCUGGAUGAGAAAGAUGUGGAGAAGAACAACCAGUUGGCUUUUGACGUGGCCGAAAAAGAGUUUGGGAUUUCUCCCAUCAUGACCGGGAAGGAGAUGUCUGUUGUGGUGGAGCCUGACAAGCUCUCCAUGGUGAUGUACCUCAGCCAGUUCUACGAGAUGUUCAAGGACACUUUGCCACCUGGUGAAAACCACAAUCUGAGCCCUGAGGAGAAGGCUGCAUUGAUUGCCAGCACUAAAUCACCCAUCUCGUUCCUCAGUAAACUGGGUCAAAGCAUCGCCAUCUCCCGCAAACGAAACCCCAAGGAUAAAAAAGAAAAGGAACUGGAUGGACUAGGAAAAAGACGAAAGACCAGUCAGGCUGGACAGUCAGAGGAUGAAGAGCUGCAGAGGGUUAAUCGAGACGACAGGCCCUCUAUAGCUACAGCUCUGGCAGAACGUAAAAUUGACUCUGCUGCAGCAGUGAACAACAACAAUAAAGUGAAGGUCAUGGCCACACAGCUGCUAGCGAAGUUUGAGGAGAACGCCCCGACGCAGUCCACCGGACUCAAGCGACAGGGGGACUCCAUGCCCAAUCUGGGGCUCAUACUGACCCCCUCUCCGGCCGCUCCCUCUCUGAAAGAGUCAGUGCGGCUGGCUCCAGUCCCUGCAUGGAGGAAGAGGCGCACACAGUUACAGGAGCAGAUGAGUUUCCGCUAUAAGGAAAGACUGAAGUGUCAAACUCUCCCCAUCAAACAGGAGCAGGCCAGCAGCGGGACUGAGGUCUUGAGGAGCUGCCCUAAGAAAACCAUUCUCCUUUCUUCUUCCUCACCCUCAUCUUCCUCAUUCUCUUCAUCGUUUCUUCCACAUGCACAGCACUAUGUAAAGGUGUACACAGGGGGUGUGAGCUCACUGGCUGAGCAAAUAGCCAAUCAGCUUCAGGCUAAGGACGACCCCAGGCCCUUGCUUGAGAAAAGGGAUUUGGGUUCCUUGCGGAAGGAGUUCCCUCAGAAUAUUGGAGGCAGUGAUGUGUGUUUUUUCUGUCGGAAGCGUGUCUACGUGAUGGAGCGUCUCAGCGCAGAGGGAAAGUUUUUCCAUCGCAGCUGCUUCAAGUGCGACUACUGCGGCACCACCCUCCGCCUGUCCUCCUACGCCUUCGAUGUUGAGGACGGGAAGUUUUACUGUAAACCACACUACUGCUACCGACUUUCUGGUCUGGCACAGAGAAAGCGGCCUGCGCCUGCUGCUCCCGCUCCAGUAAAUGCAAAGGAGCCCCAGGUGUUGGCGGUAACCCCCAACACAGUGGAUGCCCCAGGCCAAGCCAUAACUUCUCAGGCCCCUGUGGAAUGCCGGCCCUCAGUGACAGAGGUGAACGGAGUGACAGAGCCCAGCGUGGCCAAACGUCUUAAAGGGACUCCUGAAAGGAUCGAGCUGGAGAACUACCGUCUCUCUAUGAUGAAAGAGGAGGAGCUGCAGGAGGUGCCCGAGGAGACGCUGGCCGAGCACAACCUCAGCAGUGUGCUGGACAAAGCCACUGACAUUGAGGAGGGAUCCAGCAGCUCAGAGUCUGAUAUGGAGGAAGAGGAUGAAGAACCGGAAGCAGCCGGCCCGUCCGAUCUGGGUGGGGUUCCCUGGAAAGAGGCUGUGGAGCUCCACGCUAAACUAAAAGGAGAAAGCGACCCUGGCGCAGCAGAAGACGACGAUGGCCUUCAUGAUGGAGAUGGAGAGAUGGACGAGGAUGAAGAGGAGGAAGAUGAAGACGACGAGGAGGAGGAGGAGGAAGAAGAGGAAUCGAGUGAUGCGGGAGAGUAUUUCCCCUGGGACAGGGAGCUUCAGUCAGGUCUUUGGUUGAAAAAUCUCGCAAAUGAAGAGGAUACGGGUGUAUUUAAAGCUAGGAACCUGCAAAUCCAGCAAGCCAUACAUCCAGUAGACCCUCUGGACAUCCAGAUGGACAACCACUGGACAUCUAAACAAGCUGAAGGGCUGGUUGAGGGCCCCUUGCUGUCACCCUUAGGCUCUCAGCCCUCACUGAACAACACCCAGCUCACACAGCCCACCUCCUCCACAGAGCCCUGUGAAGAGGAUGAUGACCCAGAAGCAGAAGCAGUCAGUCCUGACUUUGAGCCAGGCACUGAAAUAGAUCAAGAGGACAUUCCCUCAGACGCAGAGGCUGAAGCUCGCUCACAUUGCAUAGAUGAAGUGGUGAUGCUUCCAGUGGAUAAUGGCAAAGCAGAGAGCCAGGGACAUGUUUCUAACACUGAGAAAACAUCUGCAAAUCCAAGGGAAUUUCUUGUGGACGUUGUGCUGUCUCCAAUCCAAAAACCUGCUUUACCCAUUGAAGAGGUGAAAGACAUUUCUCCUGUAAUACUAGUUAAAUGUCCUGGUGCACGUUUUUUCCCUGAGCCCUAUCUAUUUGAUAAUGUCAAACCGAACAUUCCCCCGUCUCCGAGUCCUGAUGCUAAAAGUCCCCAUUCACCUGCUGCUCAAAUUGUUGCGCUAUCGCCCAUCUGCUCCCAACCUGUUCCACAACCACAAACAACGUCUCUUAAAUCUCCUGUCCAGCCUGAGCCUUGUGCCUGCUCUCCAACAAGUAAUCCUUUGUCUCCAAUAUGUACCCAAUCACAACCCUGCAACAAGCCACCCUCACCCCUCUCCACAAGCUCCCCUGUCAGGACUCAGCCAGUCCCAGCUGUCACUUCCACUCCUUUAGCUAAACCUGCUUCUGAGAAGAGAACCAAUGAACCCUUGAAAGAUUCAGUGCCUGAGGAAACCCCCGUCAAGAAAACGGACCUCAUUGAGGAGUUCUGGUUGAAGAGUGCAGAGAUCCGAAAGAGUUUAGGACUCUCUCCUCUGGAUCGAAGCAAAGCAUCAGUGGAAACUCCAACGCCUGAAUCAUCAUCUUCAAAGUCUUACACCCCAGAGGACUUGUCUGAAGAGCAGAAGCCUACUUUCACAGGCCGUUCUAUCAUACGCAGGAUCAACAUUACCUUGGAGGGUCAGGUUAUAUCUCCGGUGGAACCUAAGAGUAAUGGUUCUGAGAAGAAGGACUUGAGCAGCAGUUCAGGGUUGGGUCUUAAUGGAAGCGUGACUACCAGUCAGACAGUAGCUAGUGACAGCUACAACAACUCUGAUUCUACCAUGCUUACCCCUCCUUCCAGUCCCCCACCACCUCCACCUAAUGAGGAGCCAGCUUCUUUCCAAAACAAAAGGCCUCAGGUGUCCUGGGACAACCUUCUUGAAGCCACAGAGGAGCCUAAACCUGAGACUACACCGCCUAAACCUAAGACUCCAGUUAGUCCUCCUCAACCAAAACCAGUUGUGGCUCCAGUUCCAGACCCUGGAACUAACCCUCCUGUUGUUAUGAGGGUAAAGGACCCGAAUAAACCACGCCGUGAAGAAGUGAGAAAGUCUUUUGUGGAGUGUGUAGACGAGAUACCAUUUGCUGACGACAUUGAAGACACAUACGAUGACCGCACUCCGGACACAAGUGGUCUGGAAAAAUUUUACACCCCGCCAACCAGCAAGGUCAACCGUGAGAAGCCGCCUUUACACCUGGCACUGGCAAUGGAAAAUGGCAAGCCCAACAUACCUGGUGGAGUUUCCCGGACAGCAAAGGGUCCCCAACAUUUUUCUCCUGAAGCCAAGGAGAUUGCAGAAGAGCGAAUGCGGGCACGGGAAAAGUCUGUGAAGAGCCAAGCUCUGAAAGACGCCAUGUCCAAGCAGCUUACUAAGAUGAAAGAAUCAGAUGCUGCCAAGGGUGCUGUGGCAAAAGUAGCCUGGAAUGUUCCUGAGACAACAGGGGAAAACAAAAAGCAAUCAAACACACCCAAGGACUCUGCAGUGAAGGCUUUGGAGUCCAAAAAGCAGACAGACACACUACCUGACCGUUUCUUCACCACAUCCACCAGUAAGACCUUGGACAGUUCCGUCACAUCUUCAGAAAGCUCAGCAGGGGGCAAAAGCAAGAAGCGCAGCUCACUGUUUUCUCCACGCAAGAACAAAAAAGAAAAGAAAGCCAAAAAUAAAAGGCUCUCUGGCACAGAAGAGACUCCACCCAAACACAAGUCCCUGUGGAAGGCGGUGUUCUCUGGCUACAAGAAGGACAAAAAGAAAAAAGACGACAAGUCAUGCCCAAGCACACCCUCCAGCUCUACAACUGAAGACUCCGGGAAGAAGAAAGAAUCACCACUGGACAGGUCCUCAGAUUUACGUCUAAGGAGAAAUCUCAGUUUUUCUGAGGACUCUGAUCUCUCUUUUGAUGAUGUACUGGAAAGAUCCUCUCAGAAGUCCAAGGGUGAUCGCCAUGUCCUGUUUGACUUGGUAUCAGAUUUGAAUAAAGAGGCAUUUAAAGAGGAGAAAUCCAAAGAGAAGGAUAAGGACAGGGCAAAGGAAAAAGGAAAAAGAGUAACAGAGAAGGGCAAGGAAAGGUCAAAAGAGAGGGAGAAUGAAAGAAGAUUCAAAGAAAAUAUUGUGAAAAUGAAGGAUGUGGAACAGGAGAAAGGAAAAGAGGAAGAGUCUGUUUAUGUACCUCAUGCAUUGGCGUUCAAGAGAUCGUAUGCCACGAAGAAAACAUACACGGAGGAGGAACUUAAUGCCAAGUUAACAAGAAGAGUACAGAAAGCUGCACGGAGGCAGGCCAAGCAAGAGGAGCUCAAGAGACUCCACAGAGCCCAGAUCAUCCAGAGGCAGCUGGAGCAGGUGGAAGAGAAACAGAGGCAGUUAGAGGAGAGAGGUGUCGCUGUGGAAAAGGCGUUGCGAGGGGAAGCAGUUGAGCCCUAUGUCGGGACCGCUCGCCGAAGAGCCCUGUACCUCUGCCCCUGCUGUGCCCCUGAAGGAAUGGGUAAAAAGGACGAUCCAAAGCUGAUGCAGGAAUGGUUUAAACUGGUGCAGGAGAAGAAUGCCUUGGUGCGCUAUGAAUCGGAGCUGAUGAUAUUUGCUCGUGAGCUGGAGUUGGAGGACAGACAGAGUCGACUGCAGCAGGAACUGCGAGAACGCAUGGCAGUGGAUGACCAUCUGAAGACCGAGGAGGAACUUGCAGAGGAGAAACAGAUUCUGAAUGAAAUGUUAGAGGUGGUCGAGCAAAGAGAUUCUCUGGUGGCCCUGCUGGAGGAGCAGAGACUCAGGGAGAAAGAAGAGGAUAAAGACCUGGAGUCGGUGAUGCUCUCUAAGGGUUUCAACCUCAACUGGGCUUAGCAUAACAAUGGCGAAACGGUUCUGACCGCCAGCGAUUCCCAGUUUCACCGCAGGGAGUGUAAAAAAUUGCAGAAAGAACCGGUCUGUCUCUCCCCUCGUUUUAUUGGGCAUGUCAAGAACGUUUACAAAUCCACUCAUGAGCACGAUGAUGAUGUUUACGAGUACGACUCGGGGCGUUUUGUCCCCCGGCAGCCAAGGCAUUGGUUCUGUGAAAGACGUUCUCUCAUUAAGAAUGAUUUUUUAUUAUUUUUUUUUGUCUUGAAAAGGGACAUCAAUCCUGCUGAUGUUGAGGAAGUCUGAGACUAAUGAUCUUACUAAAAGCCCGUCUUGUUUUUCAGAGAAUGUCUGGUCAAUCAGCUGUUACGUUUUCAUGGACAAAAUGUGUUUGGAUAAACGUAUAAGCAUCAUACCUCCAAGCAACAGAUGAAUGAAGUCUUUAUAGGUGUGGUUCACAGAUAAGCAUGUGACAGACUUCUGUAAUUGUCACAGCAGACAUCCUCAGCGACCGACACGUUGUGUUUGUAGCAUUGACAAUUGCACAAUUUUCAAAUCUGUCAGUAGCCACCUGAUAUUAGAGAUAUUGGUGUAUGCAGGGAGCGCAACGAUCUCGAUGUUACAUACUUCAUUGAUGUUGGUUUCCAUUUGUCUCGAGUGGCGUUACUGCACAUAUAUCCUAAAAUCAGUUUACAAUCAUUUAUAAUCCAUGAAUAUCUGAUACUUGUAUUAUAGUUUACAUAAAGCAGUGGAGUAUAUAUUAGUAUGUAAACUUCCUCAAUGCAGAAAGUUCAUAAGAUUAUCUAUAUACACACAAUAUGCAUUGAUAUACAAUCAAAUGCGUUAUGCAUUUGUUGGUUGGUCAGUGGUUUCAUGAACAGUUAAGGCACCCACUGCUUUUCUGACUUUAUUUAGUAUCAAAUCAGAUGAAGAAUUGGUGCCCAUUUUCACAUUUAAUUAUCUGCCACCAUGGUUUGGUGUCAUAUUUCACUUUCUCCAGGUUUAGAGCAACAUGCCUUUUUUAACUUCUCAUGCAACAGCUUUUCACAUCCACAGAGUUUUCUUAUGUUUGCAGAGUGUGUUAUUUAUAAUUGUCUUUGUAAAGUUUUAUACCACUUGAAAACGUUCCAGCACUGUCGACAGACACCGGUGCUGAUUAACAGCGGGAGCACGUAGUCAUGCUCGCAACAUCGAAAUUGCAAGUGAACAUGCCUUUUUCCUAAGUGUACAUUUCAUUUUAGUCACCGUUAUGCUGUAUAGAUGGGCACAGAUUUUUUUUCUUUUACUGUAAGUACAGAUAACUGUGAAUGAAAACGUACACUUGGUCAAAGAGUUAUUUAGACUAAAAUGUUUGACAGAUUUUAUGGUAUUUAUUAACGUGUGAAAAAAUGUAUUAUAUGUAAAGUAAAUGAAUCCUAAUUUUUAAAAAUAUGUUGGUUCUUGAAAAUGCUUCAUGUCGCUAAUUUGCAUAUUGGGUAUUGGAUGUAUGCAGACAGAGGCAAUAAAACAAUGCAGUUGUUACAAAUGACUCUACAGUGCUUGAAAGUUUUUUUCCACCUCUUUUUGCAGUUUAACUUCAACUUCUUAAU